AUGGCAAAUAUAUUUCGCACUCGCGAUCCUAUACUGCCAGGUCCUGGUGCACGCAUACCCACUACGUUUACUCAGGUUCCUAUGCAGAACCUCGCUCCAGCGGCAAGUACCCUUAGUAACGCAUCGGUAACCGAUAAGGAAAAGUUUGUGAAAGCCUGGAAGUAUGAGGGCUACAAAGAGUUUGGAAAGUGGAUGGCUUCAGACGACGACUUUUUCGUGUUUCGGCGCUUUGAGAGUCUAAAUGCGACAACAAUAGCGUAUUUGCAGUACCGGAUCUCUGAGCUCGAACGAACAUUGGAGGAGAUUCAUGAGGCGAAUGAGAAGGACGAAAAGGGGAAAAACUCCAGCUUCAAAUGGGAUGAGAAAUAUCAACCGGACCGCUUCCAAAUCAUGAACGAACUCUCAUGUCUACUCCUACAUUACAGUAAGUACCGAAAGGUUCUACAACGCGACAAUACUAACCGCGACAGAUCAAUUUAUCGACGCAUUCUCCAAGAUACGUAA